AGAAGAAAGCGGCCGGUGUGGUGGAUAUUCGUCUCUUCUUGACAUCUUGAACUGUUUAAGGCGCUUUCUUACUGUCGUGUCAAGUGUAUAAACGGCAAAUUCUUCAGUUCGUGCCGUUGUUUGUUUUUGUUCACUUUGUUUUUGACUUGUCAUCGUGCUAACAUCGCUACUAAAACACUUUGACGUCGUAAUAAUGGAUCAAAUUGGACUAAAAACACAACCACCGAAGAGUCCGUGGGGUUCUGUUGCUUCAGUGACUCCGGCGUCUCUGGCUGAUGUGAUGAGUGAAGAAUUGGCCCGACAGUUGGAUGAAGAGAAUAACUCCUUUCUGGAACUGACAGCUCCUGAAGCGGAUCUGCUGUUGGACGACAGAGUUUCUGACACCGCCAGUGACUUGAUGCUCGCUCAGAUGCUGCAGAUGCAGUACGACCGCGAGUUUGACGACCAGCUACGCCGUGAGGAGAAAAAGUUCAAUGGGGACAGUAAAGUGUCCAUCUCUUUUGAGAACUACCGCAAAGUCCAUCCGUAUGAGGACAGCGAUAGCUCUGAGGAUGAGGUCGACUGGCAGGACACGAGACAUGACCCCUACAGAGCAGAGAAGCCUCAGACCACACCCAGGAGAGGUUUCUCUGGCAAAGGGAAGAACAUCACCACCAAGCAUGACGAGGACACCUGUGGACGCAAGAACACAGCGCGCAUGGACAACUUCGCUCCUGAGGUCCACGUGGGCGACGGUUUGGGGAUGGACCUGAAGUUGUCCAAUCAGGUGUUUAACGCUCUGAAGCAGCACUGCCACAGCGAGCAGCGGCGCAGCGCCAGGCUGCACGAGAAGAAGGAGCACUCCACCGCCGAACAAGCAGUGGAUCCUCGGACCCGUCUGCUCAUGUACAAAAUGGUCAAUGCCGGUGUGCUGGAAAACAUCAACGGCUGCAUCAGCACUGGGAAAGAGUCCGUCAUCUUCCACGCCAACGGAGGGAGCCUGGAUGAGCAGCCGGUUCCAGAGGAAGUGGUGCUGAAGGUGUUUAAGACCACGCUCAACGAGUUCAAGAACAGAGACCGCUACAUUAAGGAUGACUACCGCUUCAUAGACCGCUUCAGCAAACUCAACCCGCGCAAAAUCAUCAGGCUGUGGGCGGAGAAGGAGAUGCAUAACCUGACCAGGAUGAAGAAGGCGGCGAUUCCCUGUCCAGAGGUGGUGCUGCUGAAGAAGCACAUCCUGGUGAUGUCGUUCAUUGGCAAAGACCACAUCCCUGCACCCAGACUCAAAGAUGCCAUGCUGGGGUCCGAGGACAUGAAGGUGGCCUACGAGCAGGUCCUCCAGUUGAUGCAGCAGUUGUACCAGCAUUGUAACCUGGUUCACGCUGACCUCAGCGAGUACAACAUACUGUGGCACGACGGGAAGGUGUGGCUGAUUGACGUCAGUCAGUCCGUUGAGCCGACUCAUCCUCACGGCCUGGAGUUCCUCUUCAGGGACUGUAGGAACAUUUCAACGUUCUUCCAGAAACGAGGUGUGAGUGACGCGAUGAGCGUGUACGAUCUCUUCAACGUCGUGACUGGACUCAACAUCCCUGUCAGCGGAGACGACAAGGCUGCGUUUAUCGCUGAGAUCGUGGCAUUGGAAAAGAGGAAUGAGGAUCACGUGCAGCGGCGAGGGAAGAAAACAUUUCCUGUUUCCUCUCAAGAUGGAGACCCUCCUUUACAACCCGACACAGACGACUAACGCUCGCCGCCACCUCGCCAUCACAGCAUGUUUGAAAAUGCUGCAAAGACCAGCAGAAAGGAGGAGGUUCUUGGGGCCCCAUCCACUCAAUGACCCACCAGCUGCUUUUUGUAAACAGCCAGGAUGCGGCGCCUUCUCCUGGAUGGAGAAGAAACGUGUUUGACAGCUGCUGCCUGACAGAGACAGUUGGAGUGACAAAAAACACACAGCAGGGUUUAGUUUAGUUUUUUUGUUAAUUUUUCUUGCUGCCAUAUCUCAGAUUGUCAUUGGUCCAGGUAGAGCGCACCAUAUCCCAGCUAGGCGUGUGAAUCUCAGCACUGACAACGAUUCGUUAUGCACUUCAGUACACUACCAGUGAUACGAUACAUAUAGCGAUACACAACGAUACGAUUCGCCCCUGUUCCUGAUUCAAUGCUAUUUGAUAUGUAUUUGGUGAUUCAUUUCCUCACAAUGUGAUACGAUGUGAUUUGGUGCGAUACAGUGGGAUUCAACAUGAUGCAAAGAAAUACCAAAAAUUUAUAUAGAAAAUAAGCUGCUGAAGUAUGGGUACUAUGGUAUUCUUCUUCUUCUGAUUCUACUAGAGGCAGAGAAUUUGUUUUACUACUUAUAAGCAACAAAUUUACCAGAUUCAACAUUAAGGAACAGGAGUCGGUUCCCUCAUAUGUGGAACCUGCUUCAUCACACUGUCAGAACUUAAACAGUAAAGAGUUAAGACAACAUCACACUCAGUGAGUAAGGUAAAGUGAGUCACUCAUUGACACCACCUUGGCAAAAAAUGUUUGAGGUGCGUCAAAAAUCUCCAACUGCUUGCGCUGAUGUCGCGUACCUGCACGUUGAAAUAGAUUUGUUGCAGUAGAAAUGUGCAUUCAGGCUUCCGUUGAAGCAGUGAUGGUGCAUUCAAUGUGCCUCGAUGGAAGCAUGCAGCACACGAUGCAUCAUGUAUUGUUUUUAAGAAGUUCCUCGAUGUUUGUCUGCUCUCGGUGCGUUUCUCAGCCUGAACCAGAGAACUCCGGCACUUAGUGCCACAAGAAGACAAUUAUUUUAAAAUUGAGAGUCACAGCACCUCAUUCAUUCACAUCAGCGUUCAUCACAGCCAUCAAUCAAUUGUUAAGCGUUCUGCACAUGAUGAAAAUAAAUCUCUUGAUCCACCAAGACAAAAUUUAAAAAAAUGUUAAGUUACUCUGGCCUCUGUGUGGAGAAGAGACACCACGCAACAGUGUACACGCACUCGAUGACGUGCCGUUUACGUGCGACGCCUACCAAAAAAAAAAAGGGUUCUGCCGGCGGUGGAAAUGCAAACCAAGCCCAACUUGACUGUUCCGACCUGCACCGCUCUGUGGAAACGGGGCUGUCGGCACACGCUGCAUAAAUCUUCAAAGUCUGACAGCGCCCGAAACAGCAGAACAUAAAAUCAGCAAACAAUCUAAACUUUACUUUUAGUUUUUUACAAGUGGAGAUAAAACUAGAUUUUCCUAAAAUGUAAACCUGAUUUGGAUGCAGUUUGUUUUGGAAAUGUCUAAAUAUUUAUGGACCUGACUGUUUUCAGUUGGAAUAAUUUCUGAUUGAGUUUAUUUUUUCUUCUUUCAUGAGUCCCACCUGCUGACGUGAAACAUUUUGGGACCAAAGAUGAAUAUUUUUCUUUUUAAAUACCAGACUUUUAUAAUAAAUAAAUGCUGCAGAGCCUGAAAUGACUCCAGGUGAUGCGUUCGGGUGCUGCAGUGAAGACUGGUUUCACAUUCAGCUGUUUUUUUUCCCUGUCGUGGACAACAAACCAUAGAAGGAAAAGGAUCAAACUUUGGUUCAGUACAUUAAAAAA